AUGAAGUCACAGUCGAGCGAAACGGGCGGGUGGCAGCGACCGCCUAGUCCGAGCUUCUCGACGACCACAACGGGGUCUAGGGUGAAUCUGCCAGCGGCGUAUCUGUUGAUAUCCCGGAAGGAUCUUCGGCAAUCUAUCGCUUGUUUCGAAGAUCUGAUGGCGGCUGCCAAAGCCUACCGGAAUGCGCUGCUAGCCAUGUCACAAGCUACCGCCGCUUUCGCGCAAGCAAUGGAGGCCUGCUCCAGAGUCAAAGGCUGCCGCUCUGCAAACUCUGCCCUAGCUGGCGCAUCAGGCCUCCAACACCUUUUGGCGAACCACGAUCAGCUCCUCGCGGAUACUGUAUACCGCCAAUUCGAGAUUCCCCUUCUUUCCGCCCUAGACCACUACAAGCUGAUAACGGCGGACCGGCUCGCGAGCUACGAGCAGCGCCUCUCUGAGCAGAGCGCGAGGAUACGCAAGACAGAGGCGGAGAAUCUCAGGGGAGGGAGGCGGAGGAAGAGGGAUCUGGACAGUUUCAGGCUGGCUCUGGCGGAGUUGCAGAGGCAGGUGGAUGAGCUGGAUGGGAUCAAGGCGGGGUAUCACGAGGAGGUGCUCGAAGAGGAGGACGAGAUCUGGGACACUGUUCUCGCCAAAGUAGCAUUUGUCGUCAGGUCUCAACUCGACUUCUACGAGAAGAUCGCAGGCAAAGCAAGCGAUUCCAUACUCGAACCACUCGUCUCCUCGGUACCGGAUCCGUUCGACUCAUACGGGCCGCCAAAAGAAGAAGGACAGAUAUUCAGCGUGCUCGCUCCACUCGGCAUGAUGGACUCUAUCCCCCAAUCCCCUACUCCUGGCUUCUCGCGCACUCGCUCGUCUCCCUCCCACUCGGCCAGCGCGUCGACAUCGGGCAACGCCUCACCAAGUAGAUCCGCGGUCUUCGCGCCAUUGACACCGGUAGCUGUACCUGCGCGGGCAGAGACGAGCACGGUCUCGGCUCUGGGGAUCAGCUCGCCGGACGAUGGGGUGGGUAGAGCGAGGCGGGAGCUGAGUGUGAUUGACGAACGGGAAGUCGCGCUUGGUGAGGGGAGCCAUGUUGAGGUCCUGGAUGGCGAGCAGGACGAGCGUGAGGUCGGACAGGGGGAUGGUCAGCCUGGUGACGAGGCAGGGUCGGUCCUUCCUGACCGAGAGGAAGGUGUAGAGGAGGAGGGGGCGGAGGAGGCGGAUGGCGGUGCCCAGGCAGCUCAGGUGAAGAGGCGCCCGAGCCAGUUACAGGAGGGGACGGUCGAGGAGAACACUAGUCCCGGACCAGAAGCUAGCUCUGCUGCCGCGGGCGGAGUCGAGACGGACGCGGCGGGGGAGCGACUGGGAGAAGAAGAAGACGGGGUGGGUGGGGAGCAAAAGAUCGGAUCGAAGGAAGGGUCGUAG